AAUGAUAGAUGAAAAUUAAUUAGAUUGUUAAACUAUAGAAUUACUUAUAACCAGAGGAUUUGGAUAGUAAAUUCUUGAUUUGAUAACAGAAGAAUAAAUUAUAUUGGAAUCACAUUUAUAAUGUGCAAAACAAUCUAUUUAAAAUGAUUUAUUACAAUUAGAAUAACUAAAAAAGAGAUUUACUAAUCAUGAUAAUCAUGUAUUAAUUAAACCAAUAAUACUAUGGGCAUAAUCAAGAGCUAAUAUAUUGAUUAAAGUGAAAUUUGCACAUAGAAUUGAUGCUCCUGCUUACAUUAGUGUUAAGAAUCAUGAAAUUAAAUAUAUCAAUGAAAAAUUAUCAAUUUCUGCUGAAUCAGAUUAAAAUAACAUCUUAACAAAAUUCUAUUUAGAAAUUCCACUCCUUAAUAAAAUACAUUAGAAUAUAGAAUGGUAAGUUGAAAGUGUUGGAACUAUGGUUUUAAAUAUAACUAAAGUAGAAUCCUAAUUGUGGUUACAUUUGAGUAAAAAUAAAAAUGAUAAAUUCUAAAUUUGGUGGGAUUUAAAAGAAUAAGUAAUAUUCUAAUUUUAAUAUUAGAUUGGUAAAGAUAUGGAGGACUUUUCUAAAUUAAUUGACAAUUAAGAAGACAAUUUUAAAAAUAAGAAAAAAUAACAAAAAAAAAAUGAUUCUUAACAGCAAUCACAAUAAUAACCAUCAUCUAUUAAGAAAAAUUUAUUUAUUACAUUCUUCCUAAGAUUAAAAUAAUGGUUUAAUAAAUGGUUUUGA